CUUUGAUUGAGAAAAAAAUGUGCAGAUGAAACAAGGGGGAAAGAAAAUUCUUUCUUGGGAGCCAAUCUAUUUUCUGUAAAUUCUCUGCUCCCUCCCUUUCCUUCUUCAUCUCGCAGAAUUUCCAUCUCCAAAUCCAGAUAAAAUUCUCCAGCCUUUUCUCGACUCUUGGUUUGAAUUCCUUCAGAUAAUUCUGAAGCUCGACUAUGGUGUAGUUUGAAUGCAAUGCGGUUCAUCCAUGAUCUUACAUGUUGUUGUUGUCUUCUCUCUCUCUAUAUUUUGAAUCUUGAAAACGGUCGAGCUUUCUGAAUUAUUUCUUAUUAUUGUUGUCCCUCUACAAUCAUCCAAUUCGAUUGUAGAUUCUAGGGUUUUUUGCCGAAUUGUUGGGUCAAAUACCAAAAAGGAAAAAAAAUUAUGUUAAAUUAGUGAUUUUCUCCUUCAGAGACAAGUUUAUUACAAAAUCAUAGAGAUGCCUUGCAAAAUUUAAAGCAAUUCUGGUAUAUUUCCUCAAUUUUGGGAAGAAGGCCUAUGAACUAGAGUUUUGAUAAGCGAUGGAUCAUCUUGUCGGUGGAAAAUUCAAACUCGGCCGCAAGAUCGGCAGUGGAUCUUUUGGGGAGCUAUACAUUGCUGUCAAUGUCCAGACGGGAGAUGAAGUUGGUGUGAAGCUGGAGCCUGUGAAGACCAGACACCCUCAGCUACACUAUGAGUCUAAAAUUUACAUGAUUCUCCAAGGGGGAACUGGAAUUCCCGAGCUCAAGUGGUUUGGUGUUGAGGGUGACUAUAAUGUCAUGGUCAUAGACCUUUUGGGGCCAAGCCUAGAAGACUUGUUCAACUACUGUAACCGAAAAUUUUCUUUAAAGACGGUUCUUAUGCUUGCAGAUCAGUUGAUUAAUAGAAUUGAGUAUAUGCACUCAAGGGGUUUCCUCCACCGUGAUAUAAAGCCUGACAACUUUCUAAUGGGGUUAGGACGCAAAGCUAAUCAGGUGUAUGUUAUCGACUAUGGGCUAGCAAAGAAAGAGAACAAGAAUCUUACAGGAACAGCUAGAUAUGCUAGUGUUAAUACUCAUCUUGGAGUUGAACAAAGCAGAAGAGAUGAUUUGGAAUCCCUUGGAUAUGUACUCAUGUAUUUCUUAAGGGGAAGCCUUCCAUGGCAGGGUCUGAAGGCUGGAACGAAAAAGCAGAAGUAUGAUAAAAUUAGUGAAAAGAAGAUGUUGACACCAAUUGAGGUUCUUUGCAAGUCAUAUCCGUCAGAGUUCACAUCAUACUUUCAUUAUUGUAGAUCCUUAAGGUUCGAAGAUAAGCCUGAUUAUGCGUAUUUGAAAAGGCUGUUCCGUGACCUUUUUGUUCGCGAAGGCUAUCAGUUUGACUACAUAUUUGAUUGGACCAUAUUGAAGUAUCCGCAAAUAGGCUCCAGUUCUAGAAGUCGGGUCAGUGAUUCAUGCAGUCUUGCAGAGUCCUUAUUUGGAUCUUCUAAUGUUGAAUCAUUUUAUGUUCUUAAUUUAAUCAUCGUUUUUCCCACCAGACUAGUGGCACAACAGGGCCAAAACCACAAGCAACAGGUGAAAAACCAGAAAAGGCAUCAGGUGUGUUCCUUCCCACGAUGGGAAGGGACUCGUGAAAGGCCAAUGUCAGGAGGUGUAGAUGCUUUAGCAGGUAGAAAGAGUGCUUCUGGUAUAGGGCAUCGUGAGCGCUCAAAGCACAGGCAAGCCGAGGAUGGAUCAUCCUCCAAGGACAAUCGAUCAGACGUUGAGAAAAGCCGACCAUCUUCCUCACGGAAUAUGUCAAAGAAAGCAGUUGCAUCCUCCAGUAGAUUGAGCUCAUCAAACGUAGGGAGUGAAAGUCGAUCAAGCUGGCUCUUCUCCAACAGCAGUCGCCUCUCAACUACUCAAAGAAUCCACUCUGGUUCUGAUACAAAAGCCCCAUUAGCAUCUCACCACCAAGGUGGCAGCACUCCCCGAGAAUCAACUCGCACUGAACAUCAGCUUCGUAGCUUCGAUAACCUUGUCAUUGAUGCAGACAGGAGGAGGCAAUGAAACCAAUCCAAGGGAACUCGUUUUUACCCUUCCCUGGUACUAGAAUUCACUACUGACGAAUUCUCCUCCCUCCUCUCUCCUCCUUCUACUCCUAUCUCACCUCUUUACUCAUCCACUUAUUUCUGGAAUACGAAAAAACCAAAAAUCAAAAAAGAAGAAAAUAAAAAAGGAAGAAAGAAAAAGAUAACCAAAGAAGAGAAAGCAAGAUUGGGAAUGAGCUUUCUAAGAAAGCCAUGAAUUGAGUAUGUGUUGGAGGUUGUGUUUGCAGGUGUUGUUAUGCUCUAAUAUAGAUGUAAAGUUUUUGAAAGAACAAUUGUAGCAUGUUGGUGUAAAAAAAUAUUAAUGGAGAUCCUGCCAUGCCCAACAUCCUUCCUAUGUUAUUGCUCUAUAAUAUUCUUUUCCUUUACAUGGAUGGACCAUCAAGCUAAUUAUAGUCAUUUGUACUAAACCAAUUAGUUCUUAUUAUGGAUCGAGCAACCACCCUGUUACUUUUUCUCAGCGAUUAAUUUAGUUUUUACCUCAAUACUCUCUGCUGUAAUUCUAUUCAAACAAAAAAUGGCAUGUG